AUGGCGUCCACGGCAACAUUAUCAGCGAUGGUAUCAUCUACCUCGCAAACAAGGCUCAUCCAACACAUCGAACAGGCAAAGUUUUCGUGUACGACUUUGGAUAUAGUAUACUAUUUGGAUACAGGAUCACGAGCAUUCACACCACAAGCGCGACGACAGCAAAAUAAACUGUGUCCAGAGAAUAAAAACACCAUGGUAUUUUACAAAUUGCAAGAAAGAGCACAAGUACACAAAGAAUUUCUUGGUAAUGAUUGUACGACCGCUCUUGCGCGGGGACACUGCUGGAAUGAGAUUAUGGAUUAG